GGAGUUUGUGAAGCCAACAGCAGCACCAUGUUCUACGGCUCUUCCUCUGGGGCCAGUAUGUCCCUGCCGUCCAAGAGCCGCCUGAAACGCCAGAGCAGGACCUUCACACAGGUCCUGUACCGUACUCUGAGUUACAGAGACCGGGUCCCAGUGGAAACUGGAACAAACACUCGCGGGGACCGGCGCUCGACGACUGAACCCCCGGAGCGACCGGCGGACGACCCCGCUGAACUCUCCACGCAGAGCUCGGCCCCCGGGGUGCUGAAGAUCUUCGGAGAUGAGAUUUGUGCCGGCGCCAACUACAAGAGCGUCCUGGCCACCCCGCGCUCCAGCGCGCAGGAGCUGGUCAAAGAGGCCCUCGAGCGCUACUCUCUGAACAAGAACGCGGCGCACUCGUACGUCCUGUGCGAUGUGAUCGGCCGCUUGGAGGGGGGAGGCGGGAUCGGAGAACUGGGGUGGCGGACUGAAUGCUUGCGCGCGCUGGGGGACAAUGAGAAGCCGCUGUUGCUGCAGGAGCUUUGGAAACCCCGAGAAGGACACGCUCGCCGGUUUGAGCUGCGCAGGAGAGCAGAGGUGGAGGAAUUCAACGCCAAGGAGAAGGACACCAUCACGGCUGGGCCCAAAACCUCCCAAUUCCUGGCGGCUCUAAUGGGUCGGUCCGGGCUGGGCAAACACAGGAGCUCCCCCCUGCGGUCUGGUCGAGUGGUACAGUCCAGUUCUAAAGAUAUUAACGCUCAGGCUCGUAAGCUCCAGAGGAACAGGGCGAAGGGGACGCUUACCCUGCCCCGAUCCAGCAACUCGUCCUUCUGCCGCAGCCUCAGCGAGACCAGCCUCAACCAGCUGGGAGUGGGAGACGAGCCCAAGCGUUACUACUCCACCCUGCCAGGGCCCUUAAGGGGUCGGGAACGUGAGGCGGCCUCCAGCGGCCGGAGGAAGGAAGAGGGGAGGCACUCGCUUUACCAGUCCGCGCACCUCCUGCUGCUGCAGGGAUACAACCAGCAGGACUGUUUGGUGUACCUGCUGAACAGAGAGCAGCACACUGUCGGUCAGGAGACUCCGUCAGCUCGCCCCAACAUCUGCCUCUUCGCUCCCGACAUCCUCCCCCUCCACUGUCGCCUGCGCCGAGUCCCCGCGCCCCGUCGCCAUGCCAACAUCAACAACAAGGGAGAGGAGCCGGGGGAGAGCCAGCGGUCCUGUGUUGCCGUUGAGCCGGUGCUCCACGCCACAGUUCUGGUGAACUUCUCCCGCUGCGAGCGCUCCACCACGCUGCGACACGGCGACCUGCUCUCCUUCGGAGCGCAUUACAUCUUCCUGUACAAGGACCCCACGGGCGCCAAGCCCUUGCCUGCUCAGACCUUGGCGCGCCUUCGCUCCCUCGGGCAGCUUUACGAUGCGGGGGUGGUGGUGGAGGAGGGCGAGGGCGGCGCUCAGACUUGUAAGAUGUGCGGUUCGGUGUUGAAGGACAGAGCGGCGCAGGUGUCCAGUGUUCCUGCAAUCAGACGCAGCUUCAAACCUCACCUGGUGAAACCCCGCAGCGGGGGGACGGCAGCGGGAGCACCCCAUAGUUUGUCCGGAGGGGAUGGAGGAAGAGGAGGAGGAGGAGGAGGAGGAGGAGGAGGAGGAGGAGGAGGAGGAGGAGGGGCAGGGGGAGGGGGUCAGAAAAGAAGGCUACAGCUGGAGUUUGACCCGACUCAUGAAGACCAGCUUUUGAACAGGAUUGUGUCUCUCAUCGAACCUGGAGGAGACGACCAUAAGCUGACACCUGCCUACCUGCUGUGUCUGUGCAUCCAACACUCGGCUUCAACCUUCCCACCUGGGAGCUUUGGAAAACUGCUGCUUAAGAUUGUCCGACGAAUCCAGACCAUCGCAUGGGAGAAGACAAAGGAUCUGGCUCAGAAGCAAGCUCAGCACCAGGACCCGUCCACCCUGUCUCUGCUCAGUAUCUCCGACUUGAUCCCAGACCUGCAGACCAUCUUCUUCUGGAUGUCCAACUCCAUCGAGAUCCUCUACUUCAUACAGCAAAGAGCACCAGCGUACACACACAGCAUAGAGACACUCCAAGGGUCAAAGGAGUCGCUGCUGUCUGCGACCAUCUCAGCCAACGAGGAGGCAAUGACUAUCUUGGAAGAAGUGAUCAUGUACACUUUCCAACAAUGUGUCUACUAUAUCACCAAGGCUCUUUAUGUGGUGUUACCAGGGUUGUUGGACUGUAAUCCAUUCCCAGUCGACAGCUCUGAGCCCUGCUGGAAAGGAGGUGUCGGGUUUCCUGAACCUGUACGCAGGGUCCUGCAGGUGUUUCAGAAUGGCCAGGAGCUGUUGCAGGGCUACCAGGUCCAUCCCGAGAUCCAGGCCCAGAUGUUCGCUUACCUCUUCUUCUUCUCCAACGUGUCGCUGUUUAACCAGCUAAUGGACAAAGGUCCAUCUCGGGGUUGGUUCCAGCGCUCCAAGGUGCUGCAGAUUCAGGCGUGUUUGCGGAUGGUCAUGGAAUGGGCCAGCAGGUCCGGUCUGGGACAUCUGGCUGACAAAUUCUUCACCAAACUCAACAGCACUGUGUCCAUACUGGCCACUCCCCCACAACAGCUCACACAGAUGAGUUGGCGAGCUUUGUCCAGUGAGCACUCUGCUCUGAAGCCGGUGCAGCUGCACAGGAUUCUCACCCAGUACCAGCUCACAGCAGAGAUAGGCCCCGUCCCAACAUGGCAACCCAGCAGCGAGGAUGAAGCGUAUAUAUACAGAACAGUGGACCUCCUGGAGAGCUUUGAAAACCACCCUCCCAUAGUGCUGCCCAGCGCCGGCUUCGGGGUGGACCUGGACAGCGAGUGUGUGGAAGACAGCAUCUACAGACAGCUGCUCUACAUCCGUCACUACCUGUGGGGGCUGCGCACCAAGACGCAAACGCACACCAACACUCCCAGUGUGCACACGCACUCCAAUGGAACCAACACGGCCGACUGGCCCGACGUUCAGAGGGAGUUGUUGCCUCCGGCCAACAGCAGCCCCCGGUCCGCGGGUCCUGGGGACGAGUUGACGGCAGAGACGGGAGAGGAGAGAGGACGAGAGAGGCCGCCGGGCCAAUCGCACACUCACAGCCUCCGAAGGAACGGCACCGUCCACCACACUCGGACAGCGAAUCCAGACCCGUCCUGCCUUUUGACCCCUCCCAACACCCCGCUGUACCCGGAAGGAGGAGGAGGAGGAGGAGGAGGAGGAGGAGGAGGAGGAGGAGGAGGGGGGGGGCAUAUCAUAGGCCCCAACACCCAGACUAACGGCUGCACCGGCAGAACGGCGGCAGAAUGCAAAAAGGCCAACGGGCUCAUCUCCAACGGACUGGAGGGGUGUAUUAGUGGGUGUGAGUUUCCUUUCCCUGUAUCCUCCCUUGGCGCCCCUCCCCUUGCUGAUGACUUGUGUGUGGUGUUUGUAGUGGAACUGGACAAGGGACCCUACGGACUGGGCAUGGGACUCAUAGACGGCCUGCACACUCCUCUCAACGCGACCGGCAUUUACAUCCGGACUCUGAUCCCCGACGGACCGGCUGCCUCCGACGGCCGACUGAGGAUCGGGGAUCGCAUCCUGGCUGUGAACGGGACCAGUCUGAUCGGAGCAGACUACCAGAGCGCGGUGGACCUCAUUCGUCUGGGAGGAGGUCGUCUCCGUUUCCUGGUGGCCAAAUCCGACCCCGACGUCUCGGAGAAGAUCAGCGCCUCCUCCUGCUGAUCCACCUCCUGAGCAACUGCACGACACACACACACACACACACACACACACACACACACACACACACGGGACCCGGAGAGGUAGGACCAGCGAGACGAAAAACGUGUGCACGAAAAACAUGAAAUAUGAAUGUGAAACCCGGCGUCGGUCCCACAGCACAAAGCCAAGCAAUCGAACCUGGAGAUGACGCUUCACGACUCCACAGCUGCCAGACCCGGCUUCCCUCAUGCCGACUCCCACUGGGGGUUUGUGUGACGGACAGAAUCUGUAACCCACGGCGACUUCAAAAAGGAAAAGUUGCCUAAUUAAUCAGCGUCUGUCUAACCGGCCGGUACGCGGGCUGAUGGCGUUUUUUUUAAAGCACAGUUGCUUCUAAUUUCUCUUUGGUCGGUUUUUCCUGUAUUUUAGAGAAGUCCAAAUGUAUUAGUAAUCGAGUCAUUAAGUAGCAUGGUAAGAUGGCUACCCAGCUGUCAGACAAAAGGGACUCUGAAACUGUUGGGACACCAACUGAAAAUGUAUUUGCAGACGGACAAGAGGACGCCGGAUGUUUUCCACGGUGCUUUUAGAGCGUCGUAUGUUUUAUAAUUCUGUUUUGUGAGCGACUCUCUCAGAGCAAUUAUCAACAAACUGAACAAUGUGUGUCUGAAUGUGGACUUUUGUAUUGGAGUGGGUGACGGAGGAAAGGAAACUUGAGACCUUCGAGGCCCGGCAGCGCUCCCGUUUCACUUUUAGCCUCAUCACUGGACUUUAUACCUCUACUGGAAAAAAAAAGAGAUGCACUCGUGAGGCUUCACGUGCACACGAGGAUGUGCAGCUGCUGUGGCACAUUGUUUAUUAAUUACUAAAUCAUCAAGAACAACGUGCUUCACUCCAGAGUUUCUUGAUGUGUGUGUACAAAGCUCACUUUUUGUUGUGAAUAUAUAUGCUCUACAUAUCUGGUUCUGAGGUGGUAAUAGUAGUUUGUAAAUAUUACACACGUGGUCGCAUAUUGUUUGGACAUUCAAAAAGAGAAGCUGAAAAUUUGGGAAUCACUGAUGGAAAGAAAAAUAACCGGUAUUUUCUGGAAUGACAGAAAUUAUAGUUAUGGAUUGUUUUUCUAAAUGUUAUUAAUGUAUAAGUACUAUGAACAGGAAUAAAACUGUUACUGCGCACACAGGUUGUUAGCUACACUGUUUCUGGGUGGCGUCUACACUCAACAAAAUAAUUUUACUGCUUGUGUCUAGCCGAGGUUAUUUUCUUUGCUGUGAGAACAAAACAGGAUUAUUUCACCACAAGUGUAUUAGGAUUGCGGCAGAAACCUCGGAAGCAUAUCAAAAAAAAAAAAAAAUCUAGGGAAGCGAAACCAAAACUAUCAGACUUAACAAGUUUUCAUGUUAAUUUGGCUGCACUUACUCUUUUUAAAAGAGUUCCAGCUAGAACAAUACCAGGUCACCUUUUUUAUAAAGUCCAGAAAAAGAAAGCCAUGAUUAGUCAGUUUUAUGCGGCCUGGCCUUCAUUCUGACCUCGGCUGUAUCGAGCUCCCCGGGGUGACCCUCAGCAGAAGCUGCCUCACUAGCUGCAGAGCGACUACAAAUACUUUCAGUAUUGAUUAUUCUUCCAGUCAAUCAUUAAAUCUGUAGCGUCGAAAAAAAAAAUAAAUUUCAAAAAAAAUUCCCAGCUUGUUUUGUCAGUCCAAAAAACAAGAUUACUUUUACAAGUAUUUAGAAAAAGAAAAGUACCAAACCCAAAUACUAUAUUAAACGAGCCAAUAUUUGUAUCUGAAUGAUCAAAACUAAUCAUUUAAUGUAACCGUCGGCAUUAUUGCUGCCGUCUGGUUCGCCAGCCAUUUCUAUUUGUGACUCCCAUCAGCUUUGUUUCCACUCUCCAGUUUUGAUUGUUUAUUUUAUUUUUUGUUGCAGUAACAGAAUUUUAUUUUUGUGCAUUUUAAAGUUUGUACGACAACGAUCUCAUGCAUGUCCAUUAUUUAUACUGUUGUGACAAUGAUGAUACCUAAAGAAUAAAGAUGGUUGGAUACCUG